AUGAUACCUUCUAGAGCUUCACUCCAGAAUUGUAUUGUUAAGAUAAAGGAUGGACUUUUCCUGUCAUCAAGAUAUAACAAGUCUCAAACAUAUCUCUUUACUAACCCAGUGAAAUCAUUUGAAAUUUAUCGGCCUCCAACUAAACCUUCCUUUUGGGCGAUAUCUGGAACUCAUAAAACUCAAUUCCUCAAGGUUAUAUCAGGACAAUAUAUACCACAUCCACCAUUAUCAAGAACAUAUCCCUCGUUUUCUGAAAAUUUUCAAUAUGAUCAGAUUCAAUUUCUCAAUUUUGCAGAGUCUUCAGGUUUAGAUAAGGUUCAUUUGCUGGCUCGUUAUGAAUCAUUUCUGUACAAGGGAGAAUUAGAAAUGACUGAUGAUGUAAACUCGGUACGUAAUUACAUCACGGGUGCAAAUAACUACAAUACUAGUCAUGAAAUCAUAGACACUGAAUACGUUUCAAAAUUACUUAAAUUGUUCGAUUUAGAACAUUUACAAAACAAAUGGGUAAAUAGUCUUUCCAACGGCCAACUAAGACGAGCUAGAUUAGCAAAGUCACUUAUUAACAAGCCUAGUUUAUUGGUUAUUGAUGACCCAUUUUUGGGAUUAGACCCAGAUGCAACCAUAAGAGUAUCUGAAUCCAUUGCCAGAGUUGCAGAUGAGUUUUCCAUUGCGGUUGUAUUGGGAUUAAGAGGUCAAGAUAACAUCCCUGAAUGGAUUAGCGACGUUGCUACAGUUACAGAACUGGGAUUAGAAAAGAUAUCGAAGAGAACAGAUUUAAAGGAGAAUUCAAAUGUUUCUAAGGUUGAGUUAAAAGAACCAAGAAAAAGUAAACCUAUUACAAUUGACAGCCUUAAAGGUGAAUUAACAUCACAUAUUGAAUUUAAAAAUGCUUCAGUUGUUUAUAAAGAAGUACCAAUUCUCACUGAGUUUAAUUGGAUUGUUCCAAGGGGAUCCAAGUGGAGAAUCCUUGGGAACAAUGGUACCGGGAAGACUACACUUCUCCUGCUUAUCACUGCUGACCACCCACAAUCUUGGAAAUCUGUACUUUCCAUUAAUGGACAAGUACGUAAAACAGGAUCAGGAGCUUCAUUCUUUGACAUUAACAAUAAAAUUGGGAUCACUUCUCCCGAGUUACAUGCAUUGGUGCCUCCAAGAAAAACAAUGAUGCAAGUCAUCAUGUCGGGACUUUGUAAAGAUGUGGGGAAUUCAAACUUUUUAUACGUUGCUAAGGAGGAUAAAAUUGACUCAUUUGCAAGAUCUCUUUUGGAUAUAUUUGAUGAUAGAUUAUCAAAAUAUGGAGAUGUUGCAUUUAAUGAAUUACUGCUUACAGAUCAAAAACUUGCGUUAUUUCUUAGAGCUACCAUCAAAAAUCCAGAGAUUCUUAUCUUGGACGAAGCCUUUUCCUGUAUGGACGAUAUAGAUGUGAUGCAUCGUUGCCAUGAUUUAGUUCAAUCAUGGUCAGAAAUGACAGUACUUGCAAUUGCACACAUUGAAUGGGAAUUGCCUACAUGUGACUAUGUGUUAAAAUUGGUCGGCAAUGGGAAGCCACAUAGCGUAGAAGUAUACACAGAGUAG